CCGGCAAGUAAAUAAAUAAAUAAAAAGCGGGAGCCGGUUUUUCGAAAUGUUCUCACCUCGUCUCUGCGAUUUCAAAUCCAUCAAUGGCGAGAACCAAACAAGUUGCCCCCAGGAGACCAAAACGAAGACAAUCUGAUCGAGUGGCCUCCACUGCCGAAUCAACUCCACCUUCUGCACCGCCUUCAGGGCCAGGAGAAAGUUCAAGCAAAAAGAGAAGGAAUGCUCCACCAGCUACCCCAACUCAGAGGAAGCCUCAUCGCUUCAAGCCUGGUACAGUUGCUCUUCAAGAAAUUCGGCGUUUCCAGAAGAGUUGGAAGUUGCUCAUCCCAGCUGCUCCUUUCAUGAGAACUGUCAAGGAAAUCACCACUCAAUUUGCUCCUCCAGAAAUCAGCCGCUGGACAGCUGAAGCUUUAGUAGCACUGCAAGAGGCUGCAGAGGAUUUCUUGGUUCAUUUGUUCGAAGAUGGAAUGCUAUGUGCGAUUCAUGCCAAGAGAGUUACGCUGAUGAAAAAGGAUUUGGAAUUGGCUCGUCGUAUUGGAGGGAAGGGGCAGCCUUGGUGAGGUGCGACAUGCGAUUCCAUGGCCCGGUUAUUGUAACCAUUACCAUAGAUUACAAUUGGUGUUUCAUGUACAAACUAUUUUGUUAUACGGUUACUGGUAAUCAGAAAAUAGGCAAGAGAGUUGGCUGUGAUUAUGCUGUCAGGAAAAAUGUUGGAAACCUUAACUGUUAGGAAAUUAAUUGUAUUUUUUAACAUUGACUCGGUCUUUUUUAGAAGGAGAAUCUGUUGGGGAUUAAUUAGAA